CCGGGAAAUGGGUCGCCGACAAUUUCGGCUCAGCCAACCGGAACUCGAGGAAUUACAGCAGCAGUUGGAUUACCUUCUGACGAAAGGUUUUAUCCGCCCAAGCACAUCCCCAUACGCCGCCCCCAUACUGUUCACACCGAAAAAAGAUGGCGGAUUCCGUAUGUGCAUCGACUACCGCGCACUGAACCGCAUCACCAUCAAGUCCCGUUACCCGAUCCCGCGCGCCGACGACCUACUCGACCAACUUCGCGGAGCCAAAUUCUUCUCGAAAAUCGAUCUGCGCGGAGGUUACCACCAGAUUCACGUCGCCACCGAGGAUUGCCACAAGACCGCCUUCCGAACCCGCUACGGUAGUUACGAAUACUUGGUGAUGCCUUUCGGGCUGACGAACGCGCCCUCGACUUUUCAGAUGACCAUGAACGGUGUCUUCCGCGAACUCCUGGAUAAAUGCGUAAUUAUCUACCUCGACGACAUCCUAAUCUACAGCCGCAGCAGGGAGCAGCACUUAAAGGAUCUUGAUGCGGUCUUCACGCUGCUGCACAAGAAUCGGCUCAUCACGAAAGGGUCUAAGUGCGAUUUUCUUAAGCAAGAGUUGGAGUUUUUGGGACACGUCGUCUCCACCGAAGGCGUGAAAAUCGACCCCAGGAAAAUCAAGACCAUACAGGAAUGGAAGCCGCCGACCAACCUCAAAGAACUCCAAAGUUUUCUGGGUUUUGUCUACUACGUCCGCCGCUUUAUCCCCAAUAUGGCAGGGUUAUCUGCACCACUAACGGACCGAUUGAAGGAUCGCGAUUGUUUUUGGUGGGGUGAGAAGCAGCAAACUGCAUUCGACCAACUCAAAAUCGCCCUCACGUCCCCGCCCGUACUUCGCAUCUCCGAUCCCAACCGUCCAUACGAAGUCGUCACCGACGCCAGCGACAUCGCCAUCGGUGCAGUUCUACUACAGGAUUUUGGCGACGGGUUACAACCGGUCGCCUACGAAUCACGGAAGCUGCAAGGCGCGGAGAAAAACUAUACAGUGCACGACAAGGAGAUGAUGGCGAUCGUCCACGCGUUUAAGACCUGGCGGUGCUACCUGACCGGAGCUGACGUCACGGUGCGGACGGACCACAAAUCCUUACAGUACCUGCGCGCCCAACCGAAUCUCAACCCACGACAGAUUCGAUGGCUCGAUUUCCUCGAGUCCAACUUCCACUACACCAUCACCAACAAACGGGGUGCCAAUAAUAUCGCCGAUGUCUUGACCCGCCCUACAGUCCAUACCGCCGCGAUACUAAUCGCCCAGACCAACCCAUUACUUACGGGACUAUUCACCCACGGCUACAAGAUUGAUCCCUUUUUCCGCUCAGCCAUCCAUCAACAGCAUACCACAGCCACCGAGCCAUAUUUUUAUAAGCACGGCACUUCUCGCAUUUGGGUACCCGGCUACGAUUUACUUCGUACCCUCCUAAUCCAGGAAUCCCACGACAACCCUACCUCAGGACAUUUCGGCGUCGAUAAAACCACAAAGAUGCUGCAGCGGAAUUAUUACUGGCCGAACAUGGCCGAUGACGUGCGCAAGUACGUGUCCUCCUGCACUGCCUGCCAGAUCAUGAAAUCGUCGCAUCAGCGAGCAGCCGGACUACUACAGCCAUUGGAUCCACCCGAGCGACCCUGGCAACACGUCACGAUGGACUACGUGACAGGACUGCCGGCCGGCCCCAGCGGAAACGACGCCAUCCUUGUGGUCGUUGACCGACUCACAAAAAUGGCGCACUUCAUCGCCUGCCAACAGACAAUCACUGCCGAACAAACUGCGCAACUGUUCAUUGCGAACGUCAUACGACUGCACGGACUGCCCUCCGCCAUCAUUUCGGACCGCGACCCAAAAUUCACAUCGAAAUUCUGGCGGCACCUGUGGGACCAGUUCGGCACCAAACUCCAAUUUUCAUCCGCCUACCACCCACAAACCGACGGGCAGACCGAACGCGUUAACCAAACGAUGGAGCAGCUCAUUCGCACUACCUGUACUGACCCCUCGACAUGGGAGAAAUCUCUACCGCUACUCGAAUUCGCGUAUAAUAACGCGACCUCAGCUACAACCACUCACUCCCCAUUUUUCCUCAACUACGGACAGGACCCGGUAGUACCCUCCACACCGAACAUCGAGUCACCAGUGCCCCGGUCCCAUAAAUUUGCUGAAGACAUUCUCGCCACUCGCGAAAAAGCAGCUGAGGCCAUUCGGAAAGCUAACCUAGUUGCAAGCCGACAAGCCGAUCGACAUCGACGCGACGUCAAUUACAAAGUGGGCGAUCUGGUCCGCCUCGACACUCGCAAUUUGCGGCUGCCGAUCCCGAGCAAACUCCGACCAAGAUUCUGCGGACCUUUUCAAGUGAUCAACCUCGUGACACCUGUCACUGUACACCUUCGGCUACCGGCUGAUUGGCGCCAUCACCCGGCUUUUCACGUCAGUCUUCUUCGACCCUACGUCCCGAGUUCGUCGGACUUGGCACGCAACCGUGGAUUGCUGUUCUCCAGCACGCGUGUUCCGCUCCCCCCAUCCAACACUUUCGAGGAUUUUCACUCAUCAUGUAUCUGACGCUGCCUGCUAGUUGUACUGUAAUUGAGCACCCUUGUUAGCUUGCAGCUCGGUGCAGUUAGGCCUGUCAAUAACUGACGGUGGCGCCGGCGGCGUAUCUCUUUCGAAGCAACGCAACACCACGGCUUCAAAGCACAUAUAUAAAAAAACACACUGGUGUGGUUUGAGUCGACUAAAAAAACACAUAUAUCACAUACUGGUGCCGGCGGCUCCGCACAUACAGCAGCGCAAGACUGCCGCUGAGAUUAGAGAGUAGCGUGAGGCAACUGCACAGCUUGGGCUUUAAAGCGGUGCGAAGAAAGGGACAGGAAAGAUGGGCGUAGCCAUGACGUCGCGUCGUCGGGCCGCGCUCUCGUUUUGCCUCGCCGCUCUCGCCCUCGCCGGUACGUGA